UUCAUCGUCCUGACGUAUUUUAACGAGCAGACUCGUACAAUGUGACACUGGGAGAAAGAGUUGCAGCGGUCCUUCUGUUGAACACGUCAUAGCGAAUCUAUCUUAAUAAUAAGCAGGACAUUUUUUCACUCAGAACCUCGUUUAAGAGGUACACCGUUUCUCUACGGAGCCAUAACAGAGUGACACAACAAUUCAGAGAGGGAAAAUUCUGACACGGAAAUGGCACGGUCUAGAUCGGCGCUGGUGCUCUGCAUGGAUGUUGGCUUUUCCAUGUCCAACUCAGCUCCAGGUGACGAAUCUCACUUUGAUCUUGCAAAAAAAAUAAUCCAGAAGUUUGUCCAACGUCAGGUUUUUGCUGAGACAAAAGAGGAACUGGCUUUAGUUCUGUUUGGAACAGAUUCAACCAAAAAUCCUUUGCACAGAGAUGAUCAGUACCAGAACAUCAUCGUCCACCGCCACCUCAUGGUGGCAGACUUUGAACUGUUGGAGGAAAUAGAAAAUCAAAUUCACCCAGAGAGUCAGCAGGCUGACUGGCUGGAUGCUCUUGUUGUCUGCAUGGAUCUUUUGCAGACUGAGACUAAGGGAAAGAAGUACGAUCGUCUCAACAUCGCCCUCCUGACUAACUUCAGCACUGCAUCCAGUUCAGACAACUUGGAUAUUAUCAUUGGAAACCUGAAAAAAGCUGGCAUCACUUUACAGUUCUUUCUGCCAUUUCCUUUGGAUGAAGAUGAGCAGGGUGGAGAGGAUGGAGACAGCAGGGGGCCAGGUCACCAAGGUGCAGGAAAAGGUCUGUCCAGUGAACAGCAAAAUGCCCUGAGUAUGAUGAAACACAUUAUGCUGAGCCUGGAUGAAGAGGAAGGCCUGGAUGAAGUUUACAGCUUCAGAAAUGCACUGCAGGAGCUGCACAUGUUCAAGCGUAUCGAGACGAGACCUAUGGCCUGGCCCUGCCUGCUGACAAUUGGUAGUUCUCUGUCAAUCCGCAUUGUAGGAUAUAAAGCAGUAACAGAAGAGAAACGGAAGAAGACAUGGAUGACUAUUGAUGCUCAGAGCCACCAGAGUGAAGACGUGAAGAAAGAGACAGUGUAUUGUCUGGACGAUGACAACGAGACCGAGGUGCAGAAAGACAACAUCAUUCAAGGUUUCCGUUACGGAAGUGAUAUUGUCCCCUUCUCCAAAGUGGAUCAGGAGCAAAUGAAGUACAAACACGAUGGGAAGUGUUUUGCUGUUCUGGGCUUCAGCAAAAGGAACUUGGUGCAACGACAUCUUUUCAUGGGAAACCAGGUCCUAAAGAUUUUUGCAGCAAAAGAUGACGAGCAUGCUGGAAUAGCUCUGUCUGCUCUCAUCCGAGCCCUGGACGAACUCAAAAUGGUAGCCGUCGUACGCUACGCCUACAACCGAAGCAGUAACCCUCAAGUUGGAGCAGCUUUCCCUUUCAUUAAAAAGAACUACGAGUGUCUCAUGUACGUCCAGCUGCCCUUCACAGAAGACCUCAGGCAGUUCACCUUUCCCUCUCUUGAAAACAACAAAAAGGUCACGCCGUCAGAAACUCAGCUUUCUGCUGUGGACUCUCUCAUCGACUCCAUGAUGUUGGUGGAGGAAGAUGAAAAUGGAGAAACAGACGACUUGUUUAGGGUCCAUCAUAUUCCCAACCCUGACUUCCAGAGGCUCUUCCAGUGUUUGCAUCAUCGUGCAGUGAACCCCAGCGCCCCGCUUCCUCCCAUAGAGCCGUGGCUGAAGGCUGCUCUCGAGCGCCCUGAAGUCAUUAGUGAACGCUGUCGAGCUCCACUGGAGCAGAUAAAGAAGAAUUUUCCCCUCACAGAAGUUGAGAAGAAGAAGCCGCUGAAAACCAGCGCCCAGAUUUAUGGCAAAGACUCUGGUGAGUCAGACGUCAAGAAAGCCAAAGAAGAUGUAGAGGAGGGAGAGUAUAAUCUGGCUGACAUCACUGAAGGCUCCGUGACCUCUGUGGGAAGUGUGGAUCCAGCUCGAGACUUCUGCACUCUGGUCAGGCAGAAGAGUCUUCCCUUCGGAGAGGUCUGUCAGCAGCUGACUCAGAGGAUAGAGCAGUUGCUAAGCAACAAGAAUACACAAUACUACAUGAAGAGCAUCACCUGUAUCCAGGCUUUUAGAGAGCAGUCUGUCAAGUUGGAGAACGCCGAACUGUACAACAGCUACAUCCAGUCCUUGAAAAGCAGUGUUCCAAGCAGAGGGCUGGAGGUCUUCUGGGAUCUGCUUCGUCAAGAUGCCCUGACACUGAUCAGCAGGGAUGAAGUUGAAGGAAGCACCGUGUCCAAAUAUGAGGCUAAUCAGUUUCUGGUUGCCGAGGAGAAGGAGGAGGAGGCGAUGGCUGCAUCUCCAGCUGGAGACGUUGGAGACGUCGAUGACUUGCUGGACAUGAUGUAAGGCAGGAGGCAGUGGGAGAAUCUUAGUGUACGUUCAGAGAGAAAUGGGAAGAAUGCUCUCUUUCAGACGGACCAAACCGAAGCAGUCCAGCUGUCCAUUGUUCAAGCCGCCCACUUGGUGAAACUAGAACUGGUGAUUUUGAUAUAUUGAGCAGUCAGUGCUGCACAGAGCUGCUUUAGCUGGAGUUUUCUUUGGUCGUGUUUAAAAUCUAUGUUUUAUGUCUAAAUGUAUGUUGUAUGACUGUGUUUUUCCACUGUGACACACAUGGUGAGAACAGUUAGUUUGAAUGGUGUUGAUCUAUUUGCACUACACAGAAGACAGUACUUCCACAGCUAACAAACUGCAGUUUUAUUAUCGUCAUCUAGUAAAGCAUUUCCGUCGUUGAA